CCUCCAUCCCCGAAGGCCAGAAUGAACUAAAGCGUAACCAGCUCCGUGAGCUUGCUGCUCUGAACGGUACCCUUCGUGACGACGAGAACCAAGCUUGCCAGAAUUGUAAGUCUAACUCAUUGUCCCUUCGCAUCGGCACUGGCUAAUCAAAAUACAGGCGGCGAGAUUGGCCACAGGAAAUAUGACUGCCCCCAGAAACAGAAUUUCACUGCGACCAUCAUCUGUCGCGUCUGCGGUGAAGCCGGACAUAUGGCCCGUGAUUGCCCUCAACGUCGGAAGGGACAGGAUUGGCGCAACGAUGACCGCGGAUUUGGAGGUCGCAACGGGAGUAGGAUCGAAGGAGGACCACCGCAGGACGAGAUGGGUGCUUUCCUGGAGUCGAUGGCUGGUGGCGGCGGUGGUGGCCGACCUCAGCAGAGCAUUGAAUACAAUGGGGGCAAAGAUGGCUUUGGCGGCGAUGAGCAGCGCAACAUGAAGCCUUGGGAACGUGGUCCGACUGGUGCACCUGCUCCAUGGACUCGGAACAACCGCGACGAACGUGAUGGCGGCGCUGGCGCACCACCCCCAUGGGCCAACAAUGCUUCCUCGUACAACGCUGGUGGCUACAAUGCAGCACCCCCACCAUGGGCUGCUCCCGCUGCCGCCGCUGCUGCACCAGGCGGAGCAGCAUAUCCUUAUGGUGAUUACGCGGCGGUUGGUCAUGGAGCCGCUCCUGGUAUAGCCGCGGGAGCUCCACCCGGUCUCAGCGCUUUCGGUGCCCCUGGAUAUGGCAACGCCGCCCCUCCUCCGCCGGGUCUUGGCCCUCUGUUCCAGCACUAUGGUGGUAGCCCGCCCCCACCACCACCAGCUGGGGGUGUUCCGCCGCCUCCACCACCUCCUAGCGAUAUCCCACCGCCUCCCCCGACUGAUUUGCCUCCCCCUCCCCCUCCGGCUUAGAAAACAGAUCUUUUGAGAUCAAGCCAGAUGCAUAUCAUUGGUGACCAGACUGCCUCAUUUUGUCGGGUAAGAGAUUCAAAGGCCUCUUUCUAAAUCAUAAGUGG